AUGGGCGGCGACGGCGGGCCGUCCCACGCUUCCGCUCUCUGUCGCCCGCGUCGUCGCCAUCGCUUCCGCAGCUCGUCGCGUUCGCGAACCCUACCCGCCACCUUCGCUCCGCCCGUCGCCUUCACUUCCCCCCCGUCGCCUUCACUCCCCCCCCCCCCCCCUUCCCCACCCUUCCGUCGCCUUCACUUCCCCCUCUCGUCGCCUUCACUUCCCCCUCCCGUCGCCUUCACUUCCCCUUCCCGUCGCCUUCACUCCCCUUCCCCUUCCCCCUCUGCUCACUCCCCUUGUUUUAACCCCACUCUCCCCAUUUCUCACCCAUUUUCCCCCUUUACGACCUCUUACCCCCUUUGCUCGCCCCUGUUUUCUUGGCUCACUCCUAUACUCACUCUCUCCCCCCCUGCUCACUCUCUUCCCCCCCUGCUCACUCUCUUUCCCCCUUCUCACUCUCUUUCCCCCUUGACGCUCUCUUUCCCUCCCUUCCGCCCGUCGCCCCCCUUCGUCUCAUCGCCCUCCCUGCUGCUCGUCGCCUUCACUCCCGCUCGUUCCCUCGCAAUCCCCGUCUCUCUCUCCCCCCGUUGCCCUCCCUCCCACUCCUCGUUGCCCUCGCCAUCCCUCCCUUCUCCCUUCCCAUCUCGCACACUUGUCACGCCCCCUUUCCAACCCGCACAUACACCCUUCCCUUCUUCCCUGUUUCCCUGUAUCCCCUGCGCUGCUUUCCCCCAUCCUCCGACUGGCUCCCCCCAUCUCCUUCCCUGCUUCCCCCCAUCCCCUUCCCUCCUUCGGCCCGUGCCCUCCCCUGCCUCCCCCCAUCCCCUUCCCUGCUUCCCCCCAACCCCUUCCCUGCUUCCCCCCUUCCCCUUCCCUGCUUCCCCCCCGUCCCCUUCCCUCCUUCCCCGCGUCCCCUCCCCUGCCUCCCCCCAUCCCUUUCCCUGCUUCCCCCACCCCCUUCCUUGCUCCCCCCCAUCCCCUUCCCUGCUUCCCCCCGUCCCCUUCCCUCCUUCCCCCGUCCCCCUCCCAGCAUCCCCCCAUCCCCUUCCCUGCUCCCCCCCAUCCCCUUCCCUGCUUCCCCCCAACCCCUUCCCUGCUUCCCCCCUUCCCCUUCCCUGCUCCCCCCCAUCCCCUUCCCUGCUUCUCCCCAACCCCUUCCCUGCUUCCCCCCUUCCCCUUCCCUCCUUCCCCACGUCCCCUCCCCUGCCUCCCCCCAUCCCCUUCCCUGCUUCCCCCCGUCCCCUUCCCUCCUUCCCCCGUCCCCCUCCCAGCAUCCCCCCAUCCCCUUCCCUGCUCCCCCCCAUCCCCUUCCCUGCUUCCCCCCAUCCCCUUUCCUUCUUCCCCCCAUCUCCUUCCCUGCUCCCCCCCAUCGCCUUCCCUGCUCAUUCUUGCUCCCUCUGUUUCACCCUUGCUCCCUCCCCUUCUUCUCUUCUCACUCUCUUCCCCCUUCCUCACUCUCUUUACUUCUGCUCACUCUGUUCCCCCCUGCUUCCUCUCUUCCCCUUUGUUCAAUCUGUCCCCCGCUGCUUCUUCUCUUCCCCUCUGCUCAUUCCGUUUACUGUCUUCCCCCCUUCACUCACCCCCAUACCCCCCAAUGCAGUUACAGGAAAGGAGGAACGGAGGGAGGAAGUGAGGAAUGCAGGAAUGAAGGAAGUGAUGAUGGGAGGAAGGGAGGUAGGGAGGAUGCUUGGGGGAGAAGCAGAAGGGAGAGGAGGAAGAGAGGCUGGGGAGGAGGGUGGGAAGGAGGGUGAAACUUGGCAGACGAAUGAUGGGAUCGGGAAAGGAGGGACGAGGAAACGAGGAAAAGAGGAAACGAGGAAUGGGGUGGUGCAGAAAGGGGUGGGGCGGAAUGGGGUGGGGCAGAAAGGGGUGGGGCGGAAUGGGGUGGGGCGGAAUGGGAUGGGGCGGAAAGGGGUGGGGCGGAAUGGGGUGGGGCGGAAAGGGGUGGGGCGGAAUGGGAUGGGGCGGAAUGGGGUGGGGCGCAAAGGGGUGGGGCGGAAUGGGAUGGGGCGGAAAGGGGUGGGGCGGAAUGGGGUGGGGCGGAAAGGGGUGGGGCGCAAAGGGGUGGGGCGGAAUGGGGUGGGGCGGAAAGGGGUGGGGCGGAAUGGGGUGGGGCAGAAAGGGGUGGGGCGGAACGGGGUGGGGCGGAAUGGGGUGGGGCGGAAUGGGGUGGGGCGGAACGGGGUGGGGCGGAAUGGGGUGAGGCGGAUUGGGGAGAUGAGGGAUGGGGAGAUGAGGGAUGAGGAGAUGAGGGAUGGGGAGGUGUGGGAUGGGGAGGAGAGGGCUGUGGAGGAGAGGGAUGGGGAGGUCAGGGAUGGGGAGAUGAGGGAUGGGGAGAUGAGGGAAGGGGAGAUGGGGAAUGGGGAGAUGAGGGAUGGGGAGAUGAGGAAUGGGGAGAUGAGGGAAGGGGAGAUGAGGGAAGGGGAAAUGAACGUGUAUGCAACGGAAGGGUGCUGCUGGCCACUGGCGGUGGGCGACAGUGGCAGUGGGGGGAAGCGUGGGCGAUGGUGGCGGUGGGGGGAAGCGUGGGCAAUGGUGGCGGUGGGGGGAAGCGUGGGCAACGGUGGCGGUGGGGGGAAGCGUGGGCGACGGUGGCGGUGGGGGGAAGCGUGGGCGACGGUGGCGGUGGGGGGAAGCGUGGGCGACGGUGGCGGUGGGGGGAAGCGUGGGCGACGGUGGGGGGAAGCAUGGGCGACGGUGGGGGAAAGCGUGGGCGACGUUGGGGGAAAGCGUGGGCGACGGUGGGGGAAAGCGUGA